CGAUACCACACUGCUACUACUACACUGUAGUUCGACGCGUGCUGUGAAACUGGCUGUGAACUUGAACUUGGUGUUACCAAUGACCUCAUGGAUAGUCUUUGAUUCUUUUUCUCACCAGCCCAUUUUGGACACAUUUCACGACGCAGUUCAUGGAUAGAGGCCUGAGAGAAAAGAAAGCAUUUGAUGCGGCUUCCGUUGACAGUGCUGCGGAAAUCGCAGCAGUUGCGGGAGCGUGUUUCGCUAUCGCAGCCUUUGCACAGGCUUUUAUUGCGCUUGCAUUUGCUGAGGAACAAAAAAGGUUAGAGGAUUGCGACUGUGAGGACUACGACUCUGAGGAUUUUGUCUCCGAGGAUUCCAUCUCUGAGAAAUCCUAUCUUGAGACGCCCUCAUCACCUCCGUCCACCCUGUGUCCCACCACGAUGCCGCGCCCUGCUAAGCCUCCCAUGACCCUGAAGGAGGCAAAGCGAGCAGCCAAGAAGGAUGGCGCUCCUCAGUUCCAAUUGACAGCGUCACAGAUGGAGCGUGCAGAUCGUCUGGAGGCACGGGAGGAACAACGAAAGAAAGCCAUAGAGAAGGAGAGACAACGUCGAGAGAACAAACGCAAACGAGACGAAAAGGAGGAAAAGGAACGCGCUGUGAAACGGAAAAUGCUGGAGGAGGGCAGGAUCAAGGUUGAGGACACAUGGGGGAAAGUGACGGCGAGCCAGCCACGGUUGAACAAAUUCUUUGUCCGAAACCCAACCAAGCCUCUAGUCCCUUCGAAGCGGAGCAUUCGAGACGAGGUCAUUGUGGAGGAGAAUGCAGAAAACGAAGAUGAAGGGGCCGGCGGUGAUCGCCAGCCACAAGUGCAGGGAGCAGAAGGCGACCAGGAAGAGAGGGAUAAUGCUCCUGAGAAGGCAUUGACAACCAGCGCAAAGAAGACCAUCCCAUCUACCGGCAGUCAAGGGCGGGUCAAGGAGUGGCUCAGUACAGCAUUACCGACACAGGCUCCAAGUGCGUCUCUUCCGUCUCUGACUGGCAUUCUUCAUGCUCCCGCUUCAGGUCAAAGAAGUCCGCCACCACUCCAAGGUGUAGGCCAUGCGGUUCAGAGCCGGCCUUCCACCUUGAAGGAACAAAGCAAGUCCCAGCUGAAUGCGCGACAGAAACAGCCAUUACGGCUAUCUCAGGACGCCAAAGCCCGCAAGGAUGUUCCUCGAUCUUCGAAACAAAACACGGCGGACGCACCCCGACGUUCCCCUCGAACAACACAGUCUCAAAACCGAGUCCCUGAUGGCACUGCGUCUAAACAGGCCAGCAUUUCGAUCUCGGACUCUCAGCGAGCUACAACGGGUAAACUGGCAGGGACAGGAGGACAGUCUCUGGAGCAUUCCCCGCCAUGAGAGCGAAUGAAGACGAAGAAGAUUUCACCGAGGGCAUAGAUGACGAGACGUUCCUCAUGCUCUGUGCAACGCAGGAACCUAUGAACGACGAAAUUGAUGCCGGAAACCCAUCUAAUGCAGCGGAAUCUGCCUGCAGCAACCCCGGCGCACCCACGCCUUCAUCCGCUCCUGACACGGACCACACAAGAGGACCAUCAACAAGCCGAUCAGAAACACACCCUCCAGCGGCACAGGAACAAGAGGAAAUGGCUCCGCAGGUGCCUACCACCAUCGUCAACAAUGAAAGCUUCAGUGCCGAGUUUGCCAAAUUCGAAGACGAAGAACUCAUUGCCUUGGCUGAGGAGGCCGAGGCGAGCACCACUCCUGUGGCCGUAGCUGCAAAGCAAUCAUCAACCCUGCCACCGCCACCGCCGCCAAACCCAAUAGCAACGACAUCAAACACGAACCAAGACCAACACCAAACCCGAACGUCCCAAAAAGCAAUGAAGUCUUCUCCGAACCGCAAGACAAAUGGCAGAGAAUCUAUGAAGAACCGUGGCCACGGCAGAGGACGUCCUUCGCCAAACCAUGAUUCGAGGACUAGUAGAGUCCAUACUACUAAGCAAACAGCCCCAGCUCCAGCUCCAGCUCCGCCAAGGGAUGACUUCCUCGACGCUCCUGGGCCGUCAACGCAGGCGUUGAUGCUAGAAUUGGUUGCCCAGGCUGAAGCGGCCGCGGCCACGACUACAAAGACAAAACGUUGAUCUUGAUCUACCUCCUCGCCGUGCCGACUGCAGCUUUGAUGAGGUGUGUACUGCUGACACUGACACUGACAAUGUCCCUGUCGACUUCUACAGAAGAUUACUCUGCCGGCAGGAGGAGAGUGGGUGAAUUGGCAUCGGAGUGGACCUGGCUGUUUCUAGCGCAUGUGUCCUUGGAUAGUGUUACUAGAUGGCUGCAUUGGACACGGGCAGCUCAUGCUUCCGGUGCGGAAAGGCAGCCAUUCCACUACAAGCAUAUGAAUAAACACUGUUAUGAGCAUGAACAUACCUAGGUCCUGUAGGAAGUAGGGAGGAAUAAGAUACAUCGUCUCGUUUCCAG